AUGAGCUUAGCUAAUAAUCCAUCUGUAAAAAAACCAUCAUCAACUGGUACAACCGAUUCACCAUAUCUUGGCUCGAAAAUUAGUCUUGUAUCAAAAGCUAAAAUUCGUUAUGAAGGUAUUCUAUAUACAAUCGAUGCUAAUGAGUCAACUGUAGCACUUUCAAAAGUGCGUUCUUUUGGCACAGAAGAUCGUCCAACUGAUCGACCUGUACCAGCUCGUGAUGAAAUUUUCGAAUAUAUUAUUUUCCGCGGUGCUGAUAUUGAAGAUUUACAAGUUCGUGAACCUCCGCAAAGUACACUUACGCAAGAUCCAGCUAUUGUUGAAUCAUCUAUGUAUCCUGCUAGUGCUCGUUCUACUACAACUGGAACAACUAAUAAUCUUGGAGGUAGCCAAGCACGUUCAUCAUCAAAUCAAGGCACAAUGUCAUCACCACCUGUUCAACAAGGUCUCAAUAAAGGAUCAAAAUCUUCAUCUAAUACGGAUCCAUUACGUCAGUUAAAUUUAAAUCAACAACAAUCAUCAAGACCAUUUAGUCAACAAUCAACAUCAGCACAACUCGAAGGACAAGAUUAUUCAUAUAAUAAUAAUAAUCAAAGACGUGGUCGUCAACAACAAGAUUAUUACAAUGAUUUUAGUAAUAAUAAUAAUAACAAUCGUCGAGGAAAUCAAAAAUAUGGUUAUACUGAAUGGUCUCGUACAAAUAAUUCUGGAUGGGACAAUAACUAUCGUCAACAGCAACAACAAUCACAACGAUAUCCUCGACAACAACAGCAACAACAAAAUUAUGAAGGAAAUCGUUUUUAUCCAUCAAGACGUACAAAUAAUAAUCAACAAGCCAAUGGUUAUUAUGGUUAUCGUGAACGACGUAAUUCAACAGGUGGUAUAACAGGUAGUCAACAGAAUCAACAACGAAAUAAUCGUCAACAACGUGAACGUGCCAAUUCAAUACGUGGUAAUAGUAAUAGUCGAUCAACAUUAAAAUUUGUUGGUGAUUUUGAUUUUGAAAAAUCCAAUGCUGAAUUUGAUAAAAAUGCUAUUGAAGAUGAAAUUAAAAAAAGUUUAUCAAUUAAAACAACUAAAGAUAGAGAUGAUAAUACAGAUAAAGAAAAAGAAAAAGAAAAUGAACAACAGCAACAACAACAGCAACCACAAACGAAUUCAUCAACAAUUAUAUUAGAACAACAACAAGAAACACAUCCAGAAGGUUAUUAUGAUAAACAAAAAAGUUUCUUUGAUCGAAUCUCAUGCGAAACAACAGAAAAAGAAAAAAAUACUUCACGUCGUAAUUGGAAUGAAGAACGUCGUAUAAAUGCUGAAACAUUUGGUUUAAAAUAUCGUCCUGUACAACAAGGUAACAAUCAACGUAAUGGACAAGGAGGUUAUUAUAAUAAUAAUCGUCGAUAUAAUGCUGGCCAACAAUCAUAUUAUGGUAAUGGUGCUCGUUAUCAACGUGGUGGUGGUGGAGGAGGAGGAGGAAAUUAUGGUGGUGGUCAACAAUAUGGUAGAAAUUCAUCAUAUUAUGGCAAUACAAACAAACGAAUGCAAACCUAUUAG